AUGCCAGAAAGGGUGCACAAAAAGUUUUUUGAUGGUGGUGAUGGUGAUGAGAAUGCGUCUCUCAACUCGAAGGAAGGACUGUCAGUGAUGCACCGGCAACAUCUCUCUUCCAAAAAAUUGCCACAAAGCUCUCCACAAUCUCAAGACGCAAGGAAACGGUCUGCAAGUGAAGCGUUUCAGCGGAAUGGACAUGAAAGAAAUAGCCUGCCGCAGCCUCAGAGGUCUUCGUCUGGUUCGCACAGAGAGCCAAAAGUUGUCAGCUUCUCAGACAACGACGCUGAAACAAAUGUUAAUGGCAGCAACACACAAACCACUUCCCCUAGUCUACGAUCCAACCACGACAGAAGGGGCCAGCUAAGACUUCGCGCUCAAGAACUGCGCUCUGUACGCAAGGCAUUGCCAAUUGCGCCUCAUGCUAAUGAGAUACGUGAGAAGCUUCGCAACUAUGAUGUGAUGCUUCUCGUGGGCGAAACCGGGAGUGGCAAGUCGACACAGGUUCCGCAAUUCCUGAUCAAUGAGAAAUGGUGUCAGGCUCACACAGUCUCUAUGCCUACUGUUCUAGACGAACCUAGGCCUUCAAGCAAGAAGAAGUCUGUCACGAGCACGAAGGUCAAGGUUGGAGGCUGUAUCGCAAUAACACAGCCCCGCCGUCUUGCAGCCAUAUCUCUUGCUUCUCGAGUUGCAGCAGAACUCGGCACCCCGCUCGGCUCCUCGUCGCCAUCUUCGCAGGUAGGAUACUCAGUUCGCUUCGACACAUCCGUCUCUCCAUGUACAAGGAUCAAAUUCUUGACUGAAGGUAUGCUCCUGCAAGAAAUGCUGCGUGACCCGUAUCUAAGGGAAUACUCUGCCGUGAUUGUGGAUGAGGUGCAUGAGAGGGGCAUGAACGUGGACCUGGUGCUUGGAUUUCUCAAGAGGAUGGUCACCGAGAAGGGAAGCCUGGAUGGUAGGGGAGGGAUAGGAUUGAAAGUCGUGGUGAUGAGUGCUACCGCUGAUAUGGAAGGAAUCGAGAAUUACUUCUCACAGCCAUCUCCCGUGCAUGAGAACGGAAACGUGAAUGGUGAUGCUGUAAUCAGCAAGAGCGUUAAUGGGCAUCAUGAGAAAGUGACUGCAGAGGGACACAACGAGCCUGACUCAGAGGAUUCAUGGUCAGGACUUUCGUCAUCGUCACCGGAGCCAGAAGACGUACCGCAAUCAAUGAACUCCUGCUCAAUUGCCACCACUGGUAGUAAGACUCAACCCCAACAAUCGCUCACCACAGCCUGCCACAUCAAAGGCCGUCAAUACCCCGUCAAAGUAAUCUACACGCCAGCCCCGGUCCAAGAUGUCCUCGACUCAGCUCUUCACACCAUCCUGCAUAUCCACACUCACGAACCGCUACCUGGUGAUGUCCUGGUCUUCCUCACCGGCCAAGAAACAGUCGAAAACCUUGCUUCGCUCUGCCAGGAAGCACACCUCUCCCUAUCUCAAGAUCCAAAGACCCGAUCCACCAUCCCAAAGAUGCUGGUCUUACCUCUCUUCGCCGCCCUGCCUCAACAUGCGCAGCAGAGAGUGUUUGAGAAGACACCUCCACGAACUCGCAAGAUUAUCCUCAGCACCAACAUCGCCGAAACAUCUUUGACAGUGCCUGGUAUCCGAUAUGUGAUCGACAGCGGCAAAUGCAAAAAGAAGCAGUUUCGCUCUCGCCUCGGCCUUGAUUCAUUGCUUGUGAAGCCCAUCUCCAAGUCAGCAGCAAACCAACGAAAAGGUCGAGCUGGCCGAGAAGCCCCGGGCACAUGUUACCGCCUCUACACCGAGAAAGACUACCUAAUGCUAGACCAAGACAACGACCCCGAAAUCCUACGCUGCGACCUCAGCCAGUUGGUCCUCACUCUCAAAGCCCGGCAUGUAGACGACGUAAUCAACUUCCCUCUCUUAACUCAACCACCACGAGAAGCUCUCGAACGAGCCCUCCUCCAUCUCCUCCAACUGCAAACUCUAGACCCCCAAACCGGGCACAUCACGCCCCUCGGCCUCUCCAUCGCCACACUCCCCCUCUCCGCCUCUCUGGGCCGCGUCCUCCUCGCCUCGCUAGAACCCCAAUUCAACUGCCUCCCCGAAGCCAUCGACAUCAUCUCCGCGCUCAGCGUCGAGAACAUCUUCCUCCCCACCACGACGGAAGAAAAGAAAGAAGAAGCCGAAACCGCGCGCCGCGAACUCUACCGACGAGAGGGAGACCACCUCACCCUCCUCUCGGCCGUCCAAGCCUACGCGUCUGAAAACUCAGACCGAAAAGCCUGGUGCUCGAAACGCUUCAUCAGCCACCGCGCCAUGCAGGCGGUCAUGGACGUGCGCAAGCAACUGCGUGCCUUGAGCAGGACCCUCACCGCCACCCCCGACAAGCUCGCCGCAGGCAGCGGUGAUGCGACCGAUCUGCCCACCCGCCUCCUCCGCGCCCUCCUCACCGGUUUCCUAGCCAACACCGCGCGCCUCAUGCCCGACGGCAGCUACAGGACGCUGAUGGGCAACCAGACGGUCGCGAUCCAUCCGAGCUCGGUGCUGUUCGGCCGCAAGUGCGAGGCCAUCGUCUACCAUGAGUUUGUCUUCACGCAGCGCAGUUAUGCGCGGAGCGUGUCGGCGGUGCAGAUGGAUUGGGUGGGGGAGAUGGUGGGGUAG